GUGAAGCCCAAGUUGCGGAACGUGCGGAGAGCUCCCGCGGCGGGGAGCCCAGCGGCCGCCGCGCCCGGGAGCCCGGCCUGACCCCGCCCGCAGUGGGCCCCCGCCGGCAGAGGCCGCCGGGCGGGGGCGGGGACGAUCAACUUGGGGCACGGCGCAGACCCGCUCCCCGGAGAGCGCGGAUCCCGGGAGCAUCACUGCCGCCGCCGGACCGCGGGAGCGGAGCGCGGCGAGCGGAGGCGGCGAGAGGCGCCGGCGCUGCAGCUCCGGCCUCGGCGAGAGCGCGAGUAUUUUUCAAACGACUCAAACUUUCCUCCUUUCCCCUCUUUCUGGGGUCUUUCUUCAUCGGAAUUGCUCUCCAGGUUCCCGUGGGGCGACCAGGCGCGACUCCUCCCCGGGGUUCCUUGGCGGUUCAGCCAACUUCGUGGACCCGGGGCCCCGCGGCUCUCUCUUCGUGGCCGAGCCCAGCCCACGCUGCUCCUCCGCCCGGGAGAGCCAGGGCUGGGCCCCCCAGGAGGGAGCCCAGCUCGCCCCCUUUGGAUCGGGCCCUUGAGCCCAGAGCACACGCCGAAGGACUGGAGACCGCGGACUAACCCGCGCGGAGACUCGGCCUCCCCGCCCGGCUCAGCGGAGGGGCGUCCCCUGGGUGGAAAAAACAAGUUUAUCAGCGGUCCCUGGCCUGUUGGAUCGAAGCGCCGCAGACGACGCAGUGGGUGUCUGGCGCCCAGUACCCUGAGGGGAAAGCCCUGGGGACUCCGGAAGACUCGGCGGCCGCGCUCCUCCCGCCUGGGCGCAGGUCGCUGCGCCGGGCGCGCGGAGGCACCCGGGGCCGGGCCAGCGCCCCCUGUAUUCUCACCCGGGCAGCGGCCCCGCUGGAGGAGAAACCCGGGUAGCCGCCGCCGCCGCCGCCUCAGUUUCCUGGUUUCCGUCGCCGCAGCCGCUCCCUCCGUGGCCUCUCGAAGAAGGGAAAGAGGCAGGGGGCAUCGCGGAGCCCCGGCGGAUGCGCCCCCCGCCGCCUCUCUGGCUGCGCCGCCUCGCGGGGAUGAAGCACCGGUCGUGAACAUGGAGGUGACCUGCCUUCUACUUCUGACGCUGAUCCCCUUCCACUGCCGAGGACAAGGAGUCUACGCUCCAGCCCAGGCCCAGAUCGUGCACGCGGGCCAGGCGUGCGUGGUGAAAGAGGACAACAUCAGUGAGCGCGUCUACACCAUCCGGGAGGGUGACACCCUCGUGCUGCAGUGCCUUGUCACCGGGCACCCUCGGCCCCAGGUGCGGUGGACCAAGACAGCUGGCAGUGCCUCAGACAAGUUCCAGGAGACCUCCGUGUUCAACGAGACCCUGCGCAUUGAACGCAUCGCACGCACGCAGGGGGGCCGCUACUACUGCAAGGCAGAGAACGGUGUGGGCGUGCCCGCCAUCAAGUCCAUCCGCGUGGACGUGCAGUACCUGGACGAGCCGGUGCUGACGGUGCACCAGACAGUGAGUGAUGUCCGAGGCAACUUCUACCAGGAGAAGACGGUGUUCCUGCGCUGUACCGUCAACUCCAACCCGCCUGCACGCUUCAUCUGGAAGCGGGGCUCCGACACCCUGUCCCACAGCCAGGACAAUGGAGUCGACAUCUAUGAGCCCCUCUAUACCCAGGGGGAGACCAAGGUCCUGAAGCUGAAGAACCUUCGGCCCCAGGACUACGCCAGCUACACCUGCCAGGUGUCUGUACGCAAUGUGUGUGGCAUCCCGGACAAGGCCAUCACCUUCCGGCUCACCAACACCACAGCACCACCAGCUCUGAAGCUGUCUGUGAACGAAACUCUGGUGGUGAACCCUGGGGAGAAUGUGACGGUGCAGUGUCUGCUGACAGGCGGCGAUCCCCUGCCCCAGCUGCAGUGGUCCCAUGGGCCGGGCCCGCUGCCCCUGGGGGCUCUGGCCCAAGGUGGCACCCUCAGUGUCCCUUCAGUGCAGGCCCCGGACUCUGGCUACUACAACUGCACAGCCACCAACAAUGUGGGCAACCCUGCCAAGAAGACCGUCAACCUGCUGGUGCGAUCCAUGAAGAACGCCACGUUCCAGAUCACCCCAGAUGUGAUCAAAGAAAGCGAGAACAUACAGCUGGGCCAGGACCUGAAGCUGUCAUGCCACGUAGAUGCAGUGCCCCAGGAGAAGGUGACUUACCAGUGGUUCAAGAAUGGCAAGCCGGCACGCAUGUCCAAGAGGCUGCUGGUGACCCGAAAUGACCCCGAGUUGCCCGCUGUCACGAGCAGCCUAGAGCUCAUUGACCUGCACUUUAGUGACUAUGGCACCUACCUGUGUGUGGCUUCCUUCCCGGGAGCGCCUGUGCCUGACCUGAGCGUUGAGGUCAACAUCUCCUCUGAGACAGUGCCACCUACCAUCAGCGUGCCCAAGGGCAAGGCCAUUGUGACCGUGCGCGAGGGCUCGCCCGCUGAGCUGCAGUGCGAGGUGCGGGGCAAGCCGCGGCCGCCUGUGCUCUGGUCUCGAGUGGACAAGGAGGCUGCUCUGCUGCCCUUGGGGCUGCCUUUGGAGGAGACCCUGGACGGAAAGCUGCGGCUUGAGCGAGUGAGCCGCGACAUGACUGGGACCUACCGCUGCCAGACGGCUCGCUAUAAUGGCUUCAACGUGCGCCCCCGUGAGGCCCAGGUGCAGCUGAACGUGCUGUUCCCACCAGAGGUGGAGCCUAGCUCCCAGGAUGUGCGCCAGGCUCUGGGCCGGCCUGUGCUCCUGCGAUGCUCGCUCCUCCGAGGCAGCCCCCAGCGCAUCACCUCAGCUGUGUGGCGCUUCAAAGGGCAGCUGCUGCCUCCGCCACCCGCCGUCCCGGUCGCAGGCGAGGCCUCCGACCACUCCGAGCUUCGCUUGGACGCCGUCACUCGAGACAGCAGCGGCAGCUACGAGUGCAGCGUUUCCAACGACGUGGGCUCCGCGGCCUGCCUCUUUCAGGUCUCGGCCAAAGCCUACAGCCCGGAGUUUUACUUCGACACCCCCAACCCCACCCGCAGCCACAAGCUGUCCAAGAACUACUCCUACGUGCUGCAGUGGACCCAGAGGGAGCCCGAUGCUGUUGACCCUGUGCUCAACUACAGACUCAGUGUCCGCCAGUUGAAUCAGCACAAUGCCAUGGUGAAGGCCAUCCCAGUGCGGCGUGUGGAGAAGGGGCAGCUGCUGGAGUACAUCCUGACUGACCUCCGUGUGCCCCACAGCUACGAGGUCCGCCUCACGCCCUAUACGACCUUUGGGGCCGGUGACAUGGCCUCUCGCAUCAUCCAUUACACAGAACCCAUCAACUCUCCCAGUCUGUCAGACAACACCUGCCACUUUGAGGAUGAGAAGAUCUGUGGCUACACCCAGGACCUGACAGACAAUUUUGACUGGACACGGCAGAAUGCUCUAACCCAGAACCCCAAGCGCUCUCCCAAUACUGGUCCCCCCACGGACAUCAGCGGCACCCCUGAGGGCUACUACAUGUUCAUUGAGACUUCAAGACCCCGGGAACUGGGGGACCGUGCACGGUUGGUGAGUCCCCUGUACAAUGCCAGCGCCAAGUUCUACUGCGUCUCCUUCUUCUACCACAUGUACGGGAAGCACAUCGGCUCCCUGAACCUCCUGGUGCGGUCCCGGAACAGAGGAGCCCUGGACACGCACGCCUGGUCCCUCAGUGGCAAUAAGGGCAACGUGUGGCAGCAGGCCCACGUGCCCAUCAACCCCAGCGGGCCCUUCCAGAUUAUUUUUGAGGGGGUUCGAGGUUCGGGCUACCUGGGGGAUAUCGCCAUAGAUGAUGUCACACUAAAGAAGGGAGAGUGUCCCCGGAAGCAGAUGGAUCCCAAUAAAGUGGUGGUGAUGCCGGGCAGCGGAGUGCCCCGCCAGCCCCACCCGCAGCUCUGGGGGCCCGUGGCCGUCUUCCUCUUGGCGUGGCAGAGAUGAUGAGAGCUGCGUGGCCCCCACCCCGCCCCUGGCACACCAAAGUGUCUGCAUCGUACCAAAGACUGACCCCCGCCAGCCGGGGUGCCCGGGGCAGGACCAGCCCGCCAGGGAGGGGGCCGAUGUCGACUGCGAGGAUGAGCAGAGAACAAGGACAGAGGUCCAGCGCUGAGGCCCUGCAGACAGUCGUUCGACACACGCACACUCACACACUCACACACAGAAGUAUAUUAAAGCACAAAUUUCUAUCCGACCCGCCAGCCAGCACCUUCUUUACUGCAGAGAUGGGAGACUCACCUGAAUGGUGUCUGCCGCCCCAGGGACCUUGGCACCAUCUAGGCCUUGUCCUGGCUGCACCUGUGGUGUGUUUCUGCUCUCACUUCGUCCCUAACUUAAGGCUGAGCCCCAGCCCUGUGGCUGUGCCAGAAAGAGAGUAGACGCAAGGGUCCUCUCUUGACCAGACUUGGACUCUCUGGGGUCGGGGAGGCUGGGGUCGGAGAGGCCAGGGGGCCCUUUGUGAGCUCUGUGAAUGUCCCCGUGCAGAGGACAACGAGGAAGAUGAGGCACCUGCUGCUUGCAACUCUUCCUGGGGCAAGGGCUAGAAAGUGGAGACCCCAGGUCACCCAGAUCCCCUGACCUGUUCCUGGGAUGUCAUACUCCACCCCCCACUCUCCGUGCCUCCUUUGAAGGGGCCCAGCAUGGCGUCGUGAGCCUGGGCCGUCUGAAGAUGGACACCUUUCCCCGCUACUCCCACCUCCCUCUGAAGCAUCCGGAUUCCUGAGAGCACAGUGCCCCCCCCACCCAGAAGGCUGGCCCAGCCUCAGCCCCCAGCUGUACCUCCAAAGAGCCAGGGUGCCCAGGCCGCUUUCUGAGGUGAGGCCUGACUCCGAAAGGGACAGAGGGAAGGUUCUGCUUUCACAAUUUUGUGUCCCCAUAUCAG